GUGUUGUGUUUUCGCUUUGCUUGUGUGCUUUCUGUUUUAACUCUGCUUGAAUUCGCAGGAGUCUGUCGCUGGCACUGGGAGGUCCCUUUCGGGUUUCAAGAAACAGUUGCUUUUAAUGUGGUUUCCUGUGGUUUUCUCACCGAUCAGCAAACUUUCUGCAAAACCGUCAGAAUCGAAGGAGGUGCAGCUGCAGCUCUCAACAGUUGCGGGGCGGGGAAAUCAGGUUUUAAAAAAAACACCUCGCAGGGUUUGCGUUACAGCUGAGAAUCGUUGUGCUCUUUAGGUGACCCGAGACAAGCAAAAAUAUAUUAUUUCCUGUGUUUGCUUUGCUUAAAAGCCAGGUUCCCACCCCCCACCCAAAAAAAUCUGGGGAGUAGUUUUGUUUUCUCUCUCUUUCCCACCCCACCUCAAUCAUAUUUGUGAGAGCUUCAGUUUUCUUUCAGGGACAGUGUCUCUCCCCCCCCCCACUUGCUCCUGCAGAUCUCCAAGUGGCCAGUCCCUAAGAGGAUUUGGAGAGAAGGAAGGAGCCCUCGACCUACUGAAGAAACUGAACAGUUGCACAAUGACCAUCCAGCUGCUGCAGACCACAAGAAUUGGCGUGGCUGUCAACACAAUCCGCAAACACUGUGCUGACGAAGAGGUGGUAACUCUGGCGAAAAUCCUCAUCAAGAACUGGAAGAGGUUGUUGGAGUCGGGGACGGAGAAGAGCAAAAAGGAGAAAGAGAGAGGCAAAGGGAUUGAUAGCCCUGGCUGGAAAACCGAAGACACCAUUUCCCACCCUGUGACUCUCUGCAAAAGUUCUGGUGGAAAACAAAAAGACCGAGAUCCCAGAAGUGCUUCAGCUACAUCGAAAAAAUCCCACUUGGAACCUAAAAAAGAGAGAAGAGACUCCGAAGACUCGAGAUCUUCCACCUCCACUGCUGCUUCCUCCUCCUCUCCCAAGAGACUGUCAACGGACAGGAGGGCCUCCACUGGCUCCAACCCAGCUGCAUCUCCUCCCGGGUCUCGGAAAAAUUCUACCGAUAGCAAAGAGGAGAGAUCCCACAGCAAAGCUAGGCCAGAUGUGCCCAAGACCCCAACCAGCCCCAUCACUCCGACAUUUUCAUCUUCUACCUGCUUCUUGGCAUCAUGCUACCUGACAGGAGACUCUGUCCGGGACAAAUGCAUUGAGAUGGUCUCCGCAGCUCUGAAAAUGGAUGAUGAUUACAAGGAGUUUGGAGUCAAUUGUGACAAGAUGGCAGCUGAAAUUGAAGAUCAUAUCUACCAGGAGCUGAAGGGCACCGAUAUGAAGUAUCGCAACCGUGUGAGGAGCCGCAUUAGCAACCUGAAGGACCCCAAGAAUCCUGGCUUGCGCCGAAAUGUGUUGUCCGGAGCCAUUCCACCCAGCCUCAUUGCCAGGAUGACGGCGGAUGAAAUGGCCAGCGAUGAACUGAAGGAGCUGAGGAACGCCAUGACCCAAGAAGCCAUCCGAGAGCAUCAGAUGGCGAAGACCGGAGGCACCACAACUGACCUCUUCCAGUGCGGCAAAUGCAAAAAGAAGAACUGCACCUAUAACCAGGUGCAAACACGGAGUGCUGACGAGCCAAUGACGACCUUUGUGCUGUGUAACGAGUGCGGGAACCGCUGGAAGUUCUGCUGAUGUUCCUUGAGCCCAGCCAGUGAUGGAGAAGAUGAUGUCCUGUUGUUCAGGAGAAACUUUGAACUAUCCACUGAAGAAAUAACAGCAGAAAGGGGAAGGGGUGCACAUGAAAGGUGGAAAUGCUGGAUCCUUAGGGAUGAAUUACUUAAAAGGAGUGGUGAUGAUCUGUUGUUAAUUCAGGUGAUGGAAUGAUGCCACUAUUAGGAAGGCUGUGUUCUGCGAACAUACUGGGCAAGUGCAGAAUUUUGCUUGAGUGUGGAAUUCCACCUUCUGAGACUCUCCACAUUUUCGUUAUU